GCUGAUGGCUGCAGCUUGAGCUUGCUUUCCAACAAAAUAGCAGAAGGAACUCUAGUGGUGAAGUCUAGGAAUCAGCUAUUCGCCGGACAAGGUACGGCGGUGGAAGUUGACACACUGUUUGUGCCAUGCAAGGAUAGAAGAAAAGGCUUGGAGAAGCAUCGACCUUUGGUAUCACUCAAUGGCGUCCUUGACGGACGAAUCUAUGGGCAACAAUUACCUUCAGUCAUCGCAGCUCUUGCACUCGUACCUACUGGUGCUAAGAUGAAGGGGUUCUCGGACGAGAUGCCUCCAGAGGACUCGAAAGACGGAAAAGCUGCAACUCAAAGUCAGCAAGGCCACCUCCUGCGAGAGCAGGACAUCAAAGUUUUAGACAUGUGCUCUGCGCCUGGUGGUAAAACGUGUGCCUUGUUGGAAUAUUUCGCUGAACUCGUGUCCUCCGAGAGUACGACGACCCCCACCUGCGGAAUCAAGAGUGUCAGUCUCACUGCUUUGGACCGGAGCUACAGCAAAAUUCGACGAGUCCAAAAACUAUGUCAGAAAGCGCUCAAGAACGGAAGUUGUGGCGCCAACGCGGCUGCAAGUGGAAAAGUGCACUUCGAAGCUUUUCGUGCCGACUCAGCGAAGCUGUUACCUGUGCCGGAGAACCGUGCAACAGCGGCUGAAGAGGAGCAUGAAGACAGAGGUGAAGAAACGAAGAAUGGCAAUGUUGCUUGUAUGCAGCACGAGCACGAGCAGAAGACUGGAGAAGCAGAGACUUCUAGUACGACGUCUAGCUGCGCUAACGUUCAUCUUGUCCUCGACAACAAAAAAGCAGCUUCCGGUUGUGUAGUCGUCCAAAGGAAGAAAAACCCUCACGUUUUCUACCACAAGAAGAUCGAUUUGCGUUCUGACCACUGGCAGGCUUUUUAUCAGGUCUUGUGGGAGGAUGAAAAAAGAGACCUUCAGGACAGUGUCCUCACACGAAAGAAAUCUGAGAAGAAAUUCUACAAAGCCAUCCUCGCUCGCUUUAGUAGAGACCGCAGCAUGUGCAGUCGAGAACAUGUUGACGCCAUGAUGCGGCUGCACAACAACGGUGAUCGGAUUCUGGAGGAGGCUAGAAGAAUGCUGGCUACAGAUCAUGUACAGGAACACAUGGACAAGGAAGACGAGACGGUCGUGAAAUUUCUCGAACAGCAAGUAAAAUUACGCGAUCAGGUUAGAGCGCAAAUAUUUCCGCCACGACCACUUCCGAACUCGGCUAACGCAUCUUCUCCACCAACGACAGCGACUAUGACUCCUUCUCCUUCAACCUCUGCCACCACCUCAUGCUCAUCAGUCCCUUCAAGCGCAUCUUCAUCUUCAAAGAGUCCUACGUCAACCGGCAGCUCCAGGACCUCCACCUCUUCCUCCGCUUGGCUCCCGGAAGGAUUCGAUUUCAUCCUGUGCGACGUCCCUUGCACCGCUAUGGGCCAGAAACCCCUUCUUUCCUUUCCUCUAUCCUACGAAAACGACGUCCUCGCAACGCAGCAAUAUCAACGCGGCUUCCUCAGACAGGCCUUUGAGUUGGCAAAAGUUGGUGGCGAAUUCGUUUUCUCCACGUGCACUCUAACACUCGAGGAGAACGAAGAAAACGUCGCUUGGUUGUUGCAGGCUUAUGCCGGAAGAUUAGAGUUGGUGGAUUUGAGGAAGCACUUUGGAGGCAACAUUGGGACUCUUGGGAAGAACAAGCAGAUUCUUGGGAAGAACGAGAAGAACGAGGGUGGACAUCAAGAGCAACAUGGGAACAACUCCGAGAAAUCUAGUGGAAAUUGUGUUCUCAAUCUCAUCCGUAGAGACGAUGCACAAGAAGUAUAUGUACAUGAUGAUGAACGUUUGUACGGGUUUCAACUUGAAGAAGCUCCAGAUACGUUCGAUCGACGUUUUGUAAUGCGUUUUGAUCCUCGUUAUUGGGAUUUGGGUUUUUUCGUUUCGAAAUUCCGGAAAAUUGCGUCAUGAACAAUUCAACGCACUAGAUCGGCGAUAAGAGCAUAACUCUUGCUUGCUACAUGAUCAUUGUAACAACCUCCACGAUGACGCUAUUUUUAAUAUUACAAGAAGAUAUUUUUUCCCCCGAGCUUGACGGGUCGUUCAAGGUGUAAUAGUACAUACGGUGUUGCAGACCGACGUGCUAGGAGACGAAUGAAAAUCUUUCGUGACUCUGUCUUCCACCCUAGAAGCAUAAGUACUAGAAACUGUUGAUUAUAUCUCUGGUGGUGCUUGUCUAUGUUUCUUGCAAGUUUUUU